AUGGCAAUAUUUACUGAAGCUCCAUAUAUCGCAGCGUUGAAAGAAGAAUUUUUAACAAAUCGAUGUUCUUCAUGUUUUAAAUCCAGUAGAAAUAAAUGUUCGGACUGUAGAAUAAUCGUUUAUUGUAAUGAUCAAUGUCGAAUUAAUGAUCAAAUUUAUCAUAAAUUGGAAUGUGAAUAUUACAAAAAUAAAUCUGAAAAAUUAAAAUUUGAAGAAACAGUUAUUGCACGAAUGAUACUUCGAGUAAUAACUCGUUUAAAUUUAGAUGGGGGUCAACCAUCUAUUGAUUUAUGCUCAAAUUUACCAGAUAGAAUUCAUCGACGAUCAUGGUUUGAUUUAGUUGGACAUCGAGAUGAAAUUCCUUAUUCAGAUCGACAUUGGAAUCUUUGGUUAACAACAAUAAAUCAAGUUAAAUUAUUAGUUCAAGAUCAAUUUGAUAAUAUUGAUUUAUUAGCGAUAUUUGGUAAAAUUUUAAUUAAUCGAUUUCGUGUUGCUUUUCAUGAAAAUCCUUUUAAUGAACGUAUCUGUAUUGGUUGGGCGAUUUAUUUAACAGUAUCAGGUUUUAAUCACAGUUGUCAACCGGAUUUACUCCAAUGUUCAUAUGAUAUUAAUAUGCGUUUAAAAUUUAAUGAUUCUAAUAGGACUAUUCCUGAAACAACAGUAGAAUUUAAUAAAUUAACGGUUAAUUAUCGUCAUCAAAACGAUUUUCGUUUAAAAAAUCCGUCAACUUAUGUUCCAACCCGAAAACAACGUCGAAAUUUUAUUAAUUUCUUUUUUUUCAAUUGUCAUUGUAUUUAUUGUAGUAAUGAUUUACGUAAUCGUUAUGCCGAAUCAUCUACAAAUCGCUUAUGUAGUCAAUGUGGAGAUUUUUUGGUCCUGGAAAAAAACUUUAAUGAUUCAAUGAAUUCCAUACUUGUUUGUCUGGGAAGAAAUAAAUGUUCUCAAUAUGAUAAAAUUAUUGAUCGUAUUAACAUUUCAUCUAUUGAUAAUGCAGAAGAAACAAUAAAAAUUUGUGAAGAUAAAUUAUCAAACAUUGAACAAUUGUUACAUCCACAAAGUAUUUUAUUAUUACAACAACGAGAAAAAGUCUUUUUUGCUUAUCAAAAACUUUUAAAUGAAAAUAAUUUAAAUGAAAAUCAACGUACAAAUUAUAUCAAUCGUGCUAUUCAAUUGGGUGAACUUUUAAUGAAACAAUAUGAUAUUCAUUUACAACAAUCGUCAAUUUAUCCGAAAAUUUUUCUUACUGAUUUAGCUAAUCUUUGUGACAGUGUUGGAAAAGAGGAUCAAGCAAAACAGCUUUAUUCGAAAGCACUUCAUUUAUGGCGUCAAGAUUAUCAAGAUCAUAUUGACUAUAAAGAUUUUUAUGUAAAAUUAUGA